AUGGCUGCGGGCGACCAACACGGCAGCGGCGCCUAUCGCCAACACCUGCCGGACCUCACUAUCCCUCGCUCCACCAUCAUGCAGACCCAGGAUGCCCAUGAGUACGCGAAGGCUUUCAAGGAGAGCGGCGUCCCGCCAUGGCUUCACGGCCUGUACCUCCACUGGCGCAAGCUACACCAAGAGCCCUUCAAGGGUAUCACGAACGAUGGCCACGUCCGCCCCAACCUUUUCCACCUCCACAACGACGGCGGCAUGCCCAUCACCUCCAUCGUCUCCGCCGCGGCCACCUUCCUCAGCACUCUUAACCCGUCCCAGCGCGCCCUCGUGACCCAGCACCACCUCGACUCACCCGAAUGGCGCACCUGGUCCAACCCAGAAUUCCUCCUCUCCGACAAGGGCGUGCGCCUGGAUGAGGUGGACCCCGCAGCCCGCGAUGCCGCGCUUGGUCUGCUUGAGGCGACACUCUCGCCGGAGGGGUACGCCAAGGCCAGGGCCGCGAUGCGGAUUAAUGGUUUUCUAGGUGGCCUUGUGGGUGCACCAAGGGUGGUGAAUGAGUUUUCGUAUAACCUCGUGUUAUUCGGUUGUGGUGGCAGUGAAAACGGGACUGACGGCGGCGGGGGUCCAUCGGAAACGGCCCCCUGGGGCUUCUCCUUCUACGGCCACCACCUCUGCCUCAAUGUCUUCCUCUACCGCACCCAAGCCGUCAUAUCCCCCUGGUUUACUGGUGCCGAGCCGAACCUGAUCGAUGACGGCCCGCACGCCGGCACGCGUAUCUUACAAAACGAAGAAACCCUCGGUCUGCGGCUGAUGCGCAGUCUCAGCGCAGGCGGCGACAACAACAACAGCAGCAUGCGCGCCCGCGCGCAGGUGUACAAGCUGCUCCGUGACCCGGCGAUGCCGCGCGGGCGGUGGAAUCAUGAUGACCAGCGCCAUUUGUGCGGUGCGUAUAGGGAUAAUAGGGUGGUGCCGUAUGAGGGGGUGUUGGUGUCCGAGAUGGAUGAGACACAGCAGGACAUGGUGAGAGCGAUCUUGCGGGAGUAUCUACUCUAUCUCCCCGCGAAAGCGAGGGAGGUGAGGAUGGGAGAGGUUGAGGCGUGGUUCCACGAGACAUUCUUCUGUUGGAUAGGCGGGUAUGGGGACGACGAUGCUUUUUAUUACCGGAUCCAGAGCCCCGUGAUUAUUGUUGAGUUUGACCACCACUCGGGGGUGUUCUUGACAAACAAGGAGCCGGCCAAGUUUCAUAUUCACACCCUGUUGCGGACGCCAAAUGGGGGAGACUAUGGCAUGGCACUGCGGCCGUUGAUACCGGGGGUUGAGCAGGAGUAUUUAUGGGAAGGAGACAAAUCUUAA